CAGGAGCAGUGGGCGAGAGAGCGGAGCCUGUUAACCUCAAGCUCAAGUAUAAUGUCAGGCAAUACCUCGACUAGCUUACGAAAUGUUGGUCUGUAAAGUAUCACUGAAAAACCUAAAGGACAGGACCAAGCGGUCGGUGCAUGACAAGACAGCCUGAAUGGCAGUUGGUCGGGGCAAACGACGCCGGGAGAAUAGUUUGUUGACAGCUAAUGUAAGCUUUUACGCUAGUGGCUUAACGGCAGCUAGCAUAACGUUAGCUCUCCAGCCAGGUCAGAUGGGUCUUGGACUAUAAAGGAUAACCCCUUGGUUGACUUUGGACAUUUCAAACACCCAAGAGCAGCGCUUCAGCAGACAGCAGGCUGGCAGGUGAAUGUUUGCUCUGUGCUGCACAUGGCCUGUUUCACCCUGAUGGACAUGGACUUGCCCACUGCCUGUCUCUCAGCACAACACAAUGGUCUUCACCCUGAUUGUGACACAGCCAUUGGACUUGACUCCAAACAGGAAAUGGCGGCUACCUGUCUGACUGUGCACCUUUACCACCCAGGGAACAAUGGUGUAGAGGGCGGGGUUAACGUUUCAGAAAGUGAGCUCAGAUACCCACCUGGAGACUAUGUAGCUGAGGAGCUGUGCAUCGAUGCAGCCAAAGCAUGUGGGAUCUCUCCAAUGUACUGCAGCCUGUUUGGUCUGAUGAGGGAGAGUGACCGCAUAUGGUUCCCACCUAAUCACACCUUUAAACUGGACCAGUCCACCAAAGAGACCCUGCUCUUCAGAGUCAGGUACUAUUUCCCUGGCUGGUAUAACAGUGGGAAUUCAUCCUAUGCCCAUCGUUUUGGUGUGUCUAAGGGCAUGGAGAGUCCUGUGAUGGAUGAUUGUACCAUGGCAUACUUAUUUGCCCAGUGGCGCAGUGACUUUCUGAAUGGUCAUAUUCAUAUCCCAGUGAGCCAUGAGGCUCAGGAGGAAUGUCUGGGCAUGGCUGUGCUGGACAUGAUGAGGUUAGCCAAGGAGAGGGGCCAGUCACCUGUGGCUAUCUACAAUUAUACCAGCUACAAAUCCUUCCUGCCAAGAGGCAUGAGAACCCGCAUCCAGGAGUACAACAUUGUGACCCGGAAGCGAAUCCGCCAUCGCUUCAGGAAGUUCAUCCGGCAGUUCAGUGAAUGCAAGGCCACGGUGUUCGACCUGAAGCUCAAAUACCUGAUGAGCCUGGAGUCGCUGCUGCCCUCUCUCUACUCUGAGCACUUCCAGGUCACCGACUCCUCAGCACAUAAGGCUAUCAUUGUUGUCAUGGGAAACAAGGGCAUCCAGUGGUCAAAAGGGAAAGAGGGGGACGCAGCAGAGGAGGAGCUGGUAUUUCACUGUGACUUCGCUGAAGUGAUUGAUAUCAGCAUCAAACAGGCCAAUACGGAGGGCUCAGCAGAGAGUCGCAUUGUUACCCUCACCCGGCAGGACAACUUUAUCCUGGAGCGGGAGUUUCAUUCGCUGCCAGAGGCUUUGUCCUUUGUUUCAUUGGUUGAUGGGUAUUAUAGACUAGUAGCCGAUGCCCAUCAUUACUUGUGCAAAGAGGUGGCUCCACCACGACUUCUCGAAGGCAUUCAGAGUUACUGUCAUGGCCCUGUGUCGAUGGAGUUCACAAUUGGUAAGCUGCGUCGCUCUGGCAACCACCAAGGCCUGUACAUUCUUCGCUGCAGCCCUAGGGACUACAACAAAUACUUUGUGUCUUUUGUGGUGGGGUAUGAAUCUAUGGUGGACUAUAAGCACUGUCAGAUCGUGAAGACGGAGUCAGGAGAGUACAUCCUGAGUGGUGCCAAGAAGACCUUUGGUUCGCUAAAGGAGCUUCUUCACCGCUACCAAAAGGAGGCGCUCCGCACCGAUGGAUACACAUUCCAGUUCACCAAGUGCUGCCCACCCAGUGCCAAAGAAAAGUCCAACCUGCUGGUGUGCAGGAAUAACCAAGGGGCGGAGCUUCCUCUCUCUCCCUCACUCCAGAAACAAAACAUCAGCCAGAUGGUCUUCCACAAGAUCCGGAAAGAGGACCUUGUCAUCAAAGAGAGUUUGGGCCAGGGGACGUUCACCAAGAUCUUCUGCGGAGUGAGGCAGGAGCUGGGAGACUAUGGAGAGAUGCAUCAGAUAGACGUCAUAGUCAAGAUCUUGGACAAAGCUCACCGCAACUACUCGGAGUCAUUCUUUGAAGCAGCCAGUAUGAUGAGCCAGCUCUCCCACAAGCAUUUGCUCCUCAACUACGGCGUGUGUGUUUGUGGUGAGGAGAACAUAAUGGUGCAGGAGUAUGGCAAAUUUGGUUCGCUGGACACCUACCUGAAAAAGAACAAGAGCUGUGUCAACAUCACCUGGAAACUCGAAGUGGCCAAGCAGCUGGCCUGGGCGAUGCACUACUUGGAGGAUAAGAACCUCACUCAUGGAAAUGUUUGUGCCAAGAAUGUUCUCCUGAUCAGAGAGGAGGAUCGGAAGACGGGCAGCCUGCCCUUCAUCAAGCUCAGCGACCCUGGCAUCAGCAUCACCGUCCUGCCCAAAGAUGUUCUGCUGGAGCGGAUCCCAUGGGUGCCUCCUGAGUGCAUUGAAGACCCCCACAACCUCAGCCAGGCCACAGACAAGUGGGGCUUUGGGACGACCCUGUGGGAGAUCUGCAGUGGGGGAGACAAACCACUCAGCACCUUGGACACCACAAAGAAGAACUUGUUCUAUGAGGACAGACACCAGCUGCCCGCUCCUAAAUGGACUGAGCUGGCCAAUCUGAUUAACAGCUGUAUGGACUAUGAACCAUCACAUCGCCCCUCCUUCAGAGCAGUAAUCAGAGAUCUCAACAGUCUCUUCACACCAGACUAUGAGCUGCUGGUGGAGAGUGACAUGGUGCCUAACAGGACACGAGGCUUUGGCUUCCCAUGGGCCUCGGAGAGUCAGGAGCCUGCCCAGUUUGAGGAGAGGCACCUCAUCUUUCUCAAGCAGCUGGGCAAGGGAAACUUUGGCAGUGUGGAGAUGUGCAGGUAUGACCCCCUGCAGGACAGCACAGGAGAGGUGGUCGCGGUGAAGAAACUACAGCACAGCACAGCAGAGCACCUGAGAGACUUUGAGCGGGAAAUCGAGAUCCUCAAAUCCCUCCAGCAUGAAAACAUUGUCAAAUACAAGGGAGUUUGCUACAGCGCUGGGCGAAAGAACCUACGGCUAAUCAUGGAGUAUCUCCCCUACGGCAGUCUGAGAGAUUAUCUCAUGAAAAACAAGGACCGCUUUGAUUCUAAGAAACUGCUGCACUAUGCCUCGCAGAUUUGCAAGGGUAUGGAGUACCUUGGCAUUAAGCGGUACAUCCACAGAGACCUGGCCACUAGGAACAUCUUGGUGGAGAGCGAGAUGAGGGUGAAGAUAGGAGAUUUUGGCUUGACCAAAGUCCUGCCACAAGACAAAGAGUACUACACCGUCAGGGAGCCGGGAGAAAGUCCCAUUUUUUGGUACGCUCCAGAGUCACUGACGGCGAACAAGUUCUCUGUGGCGUCAGAUGUGUGGAGUUUUGGCGUCGUCCUCUAUGAGCUCUUCACCUACAGCGACAAGAACUGCAGCCCGCCAGCGGUGUUUAUGGACAAGAUGGGCAGUGAAAAGCAGGGCCAGAUGAUCGUCUACCACCUGAUCGACCUGCUGGUGGAGCAGGGGUACCGGCUGCCUGCUCCUGACAACUGCCCCAAGGAGAUUCAGAGGAUUAUGGCCGAGUGCUGGAGCAGCGACCCGAGCCAGAGGCCCACCUUCACCAAAUUAGUGCAGAGCAUCGACACUGUAUGAGGCAACAUGGAGGGACAAGGGGCCCUGAUCCCAGAACCUUUAACUCUUCACGCCUGACUGUCCCGGGUCAGUCCCCACAGCUCACAGUGCAUGCAGGGAUCAUCACUGCAGUGUGUGGGAUUACAGCAGUGCCACCGUCAUGGUAUACAGAUACGUAAAGUGUACCUACUUUUUUUCUUUGGGUGUAGAUCAUCUGUCAGCCUGAUUAACGCUGAUUCACAUGAGGACAACAAGGUGACAGUGACACUCACAUCCUCAGCAGUUUACGUAAUUUUUUCUCCAGCCAUCCAUCCAUCCACUCUCCAUUCCUGUUUAUUCCUGCUCAUGGACUUGAGGGGACAUGAGGGGAGGGGGCUGGAGCAUAUCCCCUCUGACUAUAUUACAGUUUACAAAUUCAUCAGUUUAAUUUUCACAUUUAGCACCAAAAUAUGGCCACCUCAGUGUCUGAGCUCAGUGACAAUACAUAUUUUAUACUGUCUUAAAAAGUAUAUUUUUGGUAUGUUGGUAACUGAAAGAAAAUUUUUUAUAUGAAUUCUGCUUCACAGAUUGAACUGAAUUAAACUUGUUUGCCUGUAGGCCAUAGUAAUGAUAUAGAUGAGCUUGUGAACAAAAGAAAAAAAAAUAUCAGUACUUUUCAAUGACCUGUUUCAGCUUUGUUUGUCUUAAAACAAAAGUUGACAUCAAACCUUUGCAUUUUUCAUGCUCAGCACAUUGCUGUAAAAUGAGCUGCACUUAAUUUCAGCACAUAACAGAGGACAUAAAUCCAUCACAGACCAAAGAGGCCAUGGGAUUCCUUGCCUGUCUGACUGCACCUGAAAAAGACAAUGGACUUGAGUGAUGAUUUUACACAUUCCUGAACCAAAUCCAACAGGACUGAGCUUUAUCCAUGCAGCUCUUAUGUAGUUGCAGGCCGGACACAGACGACUCUUGCUCGAUGUUUUGAGACUGCAGUGUUGUGUUUUGCUGAACGCAGGGCUGUUAAAAACGACGCUGUGCGCCUCUCAUAAUGACGAAUGUUGAACAGACCCACUACCCAAACUCUGAGCCCUCCUGAGCUCUCAUAUGACCUUGUCGGAGAUCUCUGCUUUAAUGGGCCUGUGGACUUAAGUGUGUGACAGCUGCUCGUCACAGCGGAGCCACAGUCGUCAUUAUGGUUGUGAGCGGCUGAAGCUGCAGAGGAAUCAGCCUGAAUCCUACAGUAUUGUGAGCGAUGGUUUGGUAUGACCACACCGUCUGCAUAACAACAGAGGUCAGAUUUGUGACAGAAGUUGAAUAAGAAAGUGUAUGUGGCCUGCUUUCCACAUUUUAUGCCAAGUGCAGUGACUUUGUGAAGCAAUAACUCGUUUUAAAUCUCUCCGAGAGCUCGCUGUGUCUUGUCACAUCAUGCAACCAUAUGACUCUUUUCUCCGAAGGGAACAGACUCGAGAAAUCAUGGUAUUGUCUUUUGUAAAAUUAUCAAGGGUUUUACAUUUUAUCAUCACAGGAUAUCUUUUUUUUUAAUGUUACAAUGCUGUAUUCGCUGCCUAUAGAUACCUAAUGUGAAAAAAGUAAUUAAGGGAGAUGGUUUUACAUUCCACGAUACCUUCCUGUUGCCAGACAUUAUUUUAUUUAAAUGUUUUUUUGUUUGUUAAUUUCUUGACAUUCCCUUCCUUUGAUGAAUGGACAUGCCGAUUCAUAUUUUUGUAUGAUGAGCAUGAAAAAUGUAGACAUGAUAUUUUCUUCAGUUUUUCUACAAACCUUAGCAACCACACAUUUUUAAGUGGAUCUUGCAAAAAAAAAAAAUAAUACUUUCCUGAGAUCUUCUUUUUCAAGUUUCUUUUCUUUUCUUUUUUUCAAAUUGAAGGUAUAAAAUACGGAACAGUGUUUUUCUCUGAAUUCCAAAGUGUCAGUAAAACAGCAGCAGGACAAAACACUUCAUGUUACAGGUUCAAUGUUUCAUUAUCUAUGCAAGUAAACCCACAGCACACACAAACACACAAACACACAAAUAAGUCAAAAAGGCUUGUCGCCCUCUGACGUUUUGUUGACAAUCAUAUGCACUCUCUGUCUUACACACUUACACACACUCUUAAUUGUAAACCAACAACUUGACUAUUCUAAGUAUUCAUUUUCCAUGUUUAUGAACAAAUCUGUCAAGAAUGGCACUUGUUGCUUUUUCUUUGCAUAAACUUUUGUAUUAUGACUGUGAUGACGAGUGUUUUCCACUGAGCAGACCGUGGUUAUCGUCAGUGAUUUUGUUGUCUGUCUUUUUUUUACAUUUAUGUCGAUGGGUUGGAGCAUUUAUCAGUAUAUUUUUUACCAGUUGUAUCACUUGUUAAUGGAAUGUGUCCAUGGCUUUGGGAGAGUAAAUAUGAUCGAUUGUGAAA